AUGCCCCCCAAGGCAGAUAGUCGGCGCAAAUCUGGCGGCAAGCCAGGCUUGCUGGUGACGCUUAGAAUCCCUGCGUCGAAGCUACGCGAAGUCAUCCAUGGCGAAUCUUCUGAUGCUGAGUCGCCAGUUCCAAAGGAAUCCACUGAACCCAAAGACUCUGUCGACUCUCCUGCCCCAUCUGCUCACUUAGCAGCGUCUGGCCUCUCAAACGGUGAUAAUGCCUCUGAUUCCAAUGCUGCGACGCCGGCAGCUGAGGGCACACCAGCACCGUCGUCCAUGGCACCGCCUACAGAUGGCCGAAAGAAAGGCGCCAAGAGGUCUGCGACCACAAUAGAUGGAAUACCAAAGCCUCGUGGAAAGCCGGGCCCCAAGAAGAAGCCCAGACUGGAGGAUGGCACCAUCGAUCACGCCGCUGUCGCCAGAAUGCAAGCAGCCAAGCUCGGCCCCAAAGCGAAUCAAGGAGCCAUCAAUGCCGGUUUGAGAGCGCUCGAUCGGUCCGGCAAGCCUUGCCGCAAAUGGGCUCGGGGCGGAUUCCAGCUGAAGAGCUUUACUGGCGUUACGUGGGAAAUUCCUCGCUGGUCUGCCCCGGCCAAGAAGCCUGGUGAAGACGACAACGACGAGUCGGGUGCCGCCUCGGCCUCUGCGGACAAUAGCAGCGGCAAGGAGAACAAGGCCAACGGCCAAGAAGAAAACAGCGCCAACAACAGCAAUGCUGGGGGAGAUGUCGAGAUGAACAGCGUUCCCAGCAUCAAUGCCUCAUCACCGGCGCCCAUUGCCAUAUCCGCUGCAUCUUAG